AUGCCGGUCUUCUUCCCCGCCGGCUCAUUUUGCAGCUUGGGGACAGCCAGCUCCUGUGCCUUUAAGACUUCCCUCUCGCUGCCGGAGUUCCUCCUCUGGCUGCCUCCCACCCCCAGCACCCCCUGCCUGAUCCCCACCUGCCCGCAGGUCGAGCUGUCGGAUGGCACGUCACACACCAUCACAGAUGCCUAUGCUGGCAAGGAGUACAUCAUCCAGGUGGCCGCCAAAGACAACGACAUCGGCACGUGGAGCGACUGGAGCGUGGCUGUGCAUGCCACCCCCUGGACGGAGGAGCCCAAGCACCUCACCACGGAGGUUCAGAUCACAGAGACGACGAGCACCAGCACUUCCUCUUUCAUGCCGCCCCCCACCACCAAGAUCUGCGACAAGGGGGCCGGAGUGGGCAGUGGCGCCGUGGCAGUGUGUUGGACAGCUGGACUGGUCUUGGCUGCCUAUGGUGUCCUCUUUAUUUAGUGAGUAUGCCCCAA